AUGUCUGACUAUCCGAUUCGUCCACCAACGCCGCAGGCGAUGCUUCAUCGUCUCCCCGAUAAACCGGAGAUAGAGCCCCAGGAGAAUACCAAACCAUCGAAGUAUAUCAUUCUCAUCACAGCUUCGACAUCGGUGGCAGGCAAAGUUCAGAUUGCGAAAUCAGUCGCUGCGGCACUCUCCUGUCCGCUCUUUCAAGGCGACAGCUUGCAUGAGACGUCAGCCAAAGCCGCCACCGUGGGCAUGUCGAGAAGCCUCUCGGGAGCUGAUGGCGAUGCCGACGCUGUCCGACCGAAUGAGGCGCGAUAUGAGCGCAUGUGGCUUUCCAAAAUGACCAGAACGGGUCUUUUGUUCCCCGAAGAAUCCCGGCCUGCCAAUGAGGGCUUCUCUGGCUUUGGUGGGACAUCCUCGACAUCGACGAGCCGGCGAGGGUCCUUUAGUUCUAUCGCAUCCGCCACUUCGGAUGCCGCCUCAACUUCCAGCAUUGCGAAAAGCUUCAUGUCUUCGGACGCUCCCACGACAAAAUAUGUCAAUAAGCCUGUCAUAUCCACGCCGCUUGGGGAUGAGAUCGGGCGGAAGUUAAACCCUGCCUUGAUGGUCGUCACACACCCCGAGCUAGAGCAAUGGCACAAAAUCUCAAUCAGAAAGACUGUGGAAGAAUAUGGUAUCGGAGUUCUCUUUGUUCCUCUAUAUGAGGAGGAGGAGGAGCUUCCCGUAUUGAAGCCCUUGGAUCCAAGGGUGAUGACGAGCUUUGGCUCAAUUCCCCGCCCCAAAGCUGCACAUGGUUAUCUAGGCGAAGAAACAGUACUACGAGUUGAUAUCAAUGCGAAGGUCGAAGAAAUCACACAGGAAAUUGUGGAAAAUGCUCGAGAAAUCAUGGAGGUGUAA